CAUGAAAGAUGCGGAUGCAGGAUAUGAUGGUAGAAACUUAUCUUUAAGAGCUAGGAACAGUUAUUCAACUUCAUCGCUUUUAGUCUACUUAGGCAACGAACGUUCUUUGGUGCCGUCGUAGCAGCAAUGGCAUCCCGCACCACCCCCAUACGCUUUGCAAACAGCAUCCGACUAGCCUGUCGUCCACGGCGAAGAAGGGCCGGCAUUUCGCUCCAAUUCGCACGAGCGGCGUCAACGAAACAUCCGAAAGGGUUCGUUCCGCCGUCCAAAGAAGAUCUCGAAGAACUACGGGAGAGAGUACAGGAGUUCACCCGACGAGAGAUCCCCGAAGAGGUCGCGACGAAGACCGAUCGCGAUAAUGAGUUCCCGGCAGAUAUGUGGAAGAAACUCGGGGAUGCGGGGCUCCUUGGGAUCACAGCGGACGAGGAAUACGGCGGGCUAGGGAUGGGAUAUCAGGCCCAUUGUGUGGUGAUGGAGGAGCUCAGUCGGGCAUCUGGCAGCAUUGGACUUUCAUACGCCGCGCAUUCCCAGCUAUGUGUGAACCAGCUCAUGCUGAACGGAACGCAGGAGCAGAAAGUAGAGUGGCUCCCUAGACUGUUGUCCGGGGAUGCAAUCGGCGCGUUGGCUAUGUCAGAGCAUUCGGCGGGCUCAGAUGUCGUGAGCAUGAAGAUGACGGCCAAGGAAGUCGACGGGGGCUAUCUUCUCAACGGCACCAAGAUGUGGAUCACCAACGGCCCCGACGCCGACCUCGUCAUCGUCUACGCCAAAACCAACCCCUCCGCCGCUAGCAAAGGCAUCACUGCCUUCCUCGUCCCCACCACCACCGCCGGCUUCUCCUGCGCCCGCAAGCUCGACAAGCUCGGCAUGCGCGGCAGCAACACCGGCGAGCUCCUCCUCACCGACGUCUUCGUCCCCGCAACCCACGUGCUCGGCCGCGUCGACGCCGGUGUGCGCGUCCUCAUGGAAGGCCUCGACCUCGAGCGCCUGGUCCUCUCGGCGGGCCCGCUGGGGAUCAUGCAGGCGUGUUUGGAUAAUGCGCUGCCGUACACGCAUCAGCGGAAGCAGUUCGGGGUGCCGAUCGCGACGAAUCAGCUGGUGCAGGGUAAGUUAGCGGAUAUGUACACGCGGUGGCGGGCGAGUAGCGCGUUUACGUAUGCGGUGGCGGAGGCGGUGGAUCGGACGGCUGGGAGCGAGACGGGGGCGGUGGUGAGGACGCAGGAUUGCGCGGGGGCGAUCCUGUAUGCGGCGGAGAGGGCGACGGAGUGUGCGUUGGAUGCGAUUCAGUUGAUGGGGGGGACCGGGUAUGUGAAUGAGGUGCCGGUGGGACGGUUGUUGAGGGAUGCAAAGUUGUAUGAGAUUGGGGCGGGGACGAGCGAGGUGCGGAGGAUCGUAAUUGGGAGGGCGUUUAAUAAGGAGUAUAGUGAGAGCAGAUAA